UUGGAAGCCAGUUGGAGACCUCUCCUUUCCUUUUGGAUUACUUGGUUCUGAAGACCUUGCCAGUAGGACUCAGAGUUGACCGGUUGUGAUCCAGCCGCCCCAUUUCUGUCCUUGCAUGUGUUGGUCGAAGCUUGGCGCUCUUUGGAGCUAUUGUUUCCGUGGAAAUUUUGAGCCAUUUUGAAUCGCUUCCCAGAGACGACACUACUAGCAAUGAGCUCCCAAAGCCACCCAGAUGGACUCUCUGGCCGAGACCAGCCAGUGGAGCUGCUGAAUCCUGCCCGCGUGAACCACAUGUCCAGCACGGUGGAUGUGGCUGCAGCGCUGCCCCUGCAAGUGGCCCCCUCGGCAGUGCCCAUGGACCUGCGCCUCGACCACCCGUUCUCGCUGCCUGUGGCAGAGCCCGCCCUCCGGGAGCAGCAGUUGCAGCAGGAGCUCCUGGCGCUCAAGCAGAAGCAGCAGAUCCAGAGACAGCUCCUCAUCGCUGAGUUCCAGCGGCAGCACGAGCAGCUGUCCAGGCAGCAUGAGGCCCAGCUGCACGAGCAUAUCAAGCAACAGCAGGAGAUGCUGGCCAUGAAGCACCAGCAAGAGCUGCUAGAGCACCAGCGGAAGCUGGAGAGGCACCGCCAGGAGCAGGAGCUGGAGAAGCAGCACCGGGAGCAGAAGCUACAGCAGCUUAAGAACAAGGAGAAGGGCAAAGAGAGUGCUGUGGCCAGUACAGAAGUGAAGAUGAAGUUACAAGAGUUUGUCCUCAAUAAAAAGAAGGCUCUAGCCCACCGGAGCCUGAAUCCUUGCAUCUCUAACGACCCUCGCUACUGGUACGGGAAAACGCAGCACAGUUCCCUGGACCAGAGUUCUCCGCCCCAGAGUGGGGUGUCGGCCUCCUACAACCACCCUGUGCUGGGAAUGUACGAUGCCAAAGACGACUUCCCUCUUAGGAAGACAGGUCAGUGCCAAGACCAUCAUGGCCUAGGAGCCUCAUGGUAUCUUCCAUGCUACUCAUGCAGGGAGUCGCCUGCAGGUUUCAAAACACUGUGUUUGCUUCUUUCACGAGAGCACCAUUCUGAGCAGAAAUCCCUAAGCAUUCUCUUUAUGACCAAAAGAAAUGAACCUCAUGUGUAUACCUUCUUUUCUAAACUGAUUUUUAAAGCAGACUCCGCCUGCAGCAGCGCCCCGGGCUCCGGGCCCAGCUCACCCAGCAACAGCUCCGGGAAUGUCAGUACUGAGAACGGGCUCACCCCCACCGUCCCCAGCAUCCAGGCUGAGGUCAGUGCCAAGCUGCUGUCUCUGUUCUUUGUCUUGUGCUAG